UGGCCAGAGCCGGUUGCCAGGGCGACGCCUGCGAAGAUGGCGGCUGCGUCUCCGUUGGAUUUCGACAGCGGCAAAGCUGAGAGCAAUGAAGCCAGUUCGAAAUGGCUGGAUGCGCACUACGACCCCCUGGCCAACAUCCACACCUUUUCCGCCUGCCUGGCGCUGGCAGAUUUGCAUGGGGACGGGGAGUCCAAGCUGGUGGUGGGGGACCUUGGCCCGGGCGGGCAGCAGCCCCGCCUGAAGGUGCUCAAAGGACCCAGAGUACUGACUGAAAGCCCACUGCCCGAGCUACCGGCCGCGGCUGCCACCUUCCUCAAGGACCAACAUGAGCCCCGAACACCAGCUCUGGCACUUGCUUCAGGCCCUUGCGUGUAUGUGUAUAAGAAUCUUAGGCCCUACUUCAAGUUCAGCCUGCCCCAGUUGCCUGCAAACCCCCUAGAAGAAGAUCUUUGGAACCAAGCCAAAGAGGACCGGAUCGACCCCGUGACCCUGAAGGAGAUGCUGGAAGACAUCCGGGAGAAGGCAGAGGUGCCUUUGUCUGUACAGUCGCUCAGGUUUCUGCAGCUGGAGCUGAGUGAAAUGGAGGCGUUCGUGAACCAGCACAAGUCCAAGGCCAUCAAACGUCAGACAGUCAUCACCACCAUGACCACCUUAAAGAAGAACCUGGCUGACGAAGAUGCUGUGUCAUGCUUGGUACUGGGCACCGAGAACAAGGAGCUCCUGGUGCUGGACCCGGAGGCCUUCACCACUUUGGCCACGAUGAGCCUACCCAGCGUCCCCGUCUUCCUGGAGGUGUCUGGCCAGUUCGAUGUGGAGUUCCGGCUGGCCGCUGCCUGCCGCAAUGGGAACAUCUACAUCCUGAGAAGAGACUCCAAGUGCCCCAAGUACUGCAUCGAGCUGAGCGCCCAGCCUGUGGGGCUUGUCCGGGUCCACAAGGUCCUGGUGGUGGGCAGCAACCAAGACAGCCUGCAUGGCUUCACCCACAAGGGUAAGAGGCUGUGGACGGUGCAGAUGCCUGCAGCCAUCCUGACCAUGAACCUCCUGGAGCAGCAUUCCCGGGGCCUGCAGGCCGUCAUGGCCGGGCUAGCCAAUGGAGAGGUCCGCAUUUACCAUGACAAGACCCUGCUCAAUGUCAUCCGCACCCCGGAUGCAGUGACCAGCCUUUGCUUUGGCCGCUUCGGGCGGGAAGAUAACACCCUCAUCAUGACUACGCGAGGUGGUGGCCUGAUCAUCAAGAUCCUGAAGCGCACAGCAGUGUUUGUGGAGGGGGGAGGGGAGCUGGGCCCCCCACCAGCCCAGGCCACAAAACUCAGCGUGCCCCGAAAGACUCGGCUUUAUGUGGACCAGACGCUGCGAGAGCGGGAGGCCGGCACCGCCAUGCACCGGACCUUCCAGACCGACCUCUACCUGCUGCGCCUCCGGGCUGCCCGUGCCUACGUGCAGGCCCUCGAGUCCAGCCUGAGCCCCGUGUCUGCAACAGCCCGGGAGCCACUCAAGCUACACGCUGUGGUUCAAGGCCUGGGCCCCACCUUUAAGCUCACACUGCACCUGCAGAACACCUCGACAGCCCGGCCCAUCCUGGGGCUGCUGAUCUGCUUCCUGUACAACGAGGCGCUCUAUGCCCUGCCCAGGGCCUUCUUCAAGGUUCCCUUGUUGGUGCCAGGGCUCAGCUACCCCCUGGAGACCUUUGUGGAGAGUCUCAGUGACAAGGGCAUCUCAGACAUUAUCAAGGUGCUAGUGCUUCGAGAA